AUGGGCUCGGAAAUAUUGGAUGAGAAGACGGAGCAGAACGCACCAUUAUUAUCGCCAGAGGAAUACGAAAACGACAUCAGCGACAGUGAGAGUGUGCACAGUGAGGAGAUGGCCGUCGCGCCGUCAGCUGUGUCGUCGCUGCAUCCUGCAUUCUUCAUAGCGCUGUGGAUUGGUAUGAGCUCUCUAGUCAUCCUCUUCAACAAAUGGAUCCUACACAAUGCCGACUUCAAAUACCCCAUCUUCCUUACCUCAUGGCAUAUGUUCUCGUCCGCUCUGGUGACCCAGAUCAUGGCCCGCUAUACCGGAUACCUCGACUCCCGCCAUAAAGUCCCCAUGACCAAACGAACCUACCUACGCGCCAUCGUACCCAUCGGACUAUUGUUCUCGCUGUCUCUGGUUUGCGGCAACGUCACCUAUCUAUACCUCAGCGUCAGUUUUGUACAGAUGCUCAAAGCCGCAGCACCUAUUGCCGUCCUCCUCGCUACCUGGAUGUUCCGCCUUUCCGAACCUUCCCUUACCGCCUUUGGAAAUAUCUGUAUCAUCGUCGUGGGCAUUGUAUUUGAAGCCACUCGCCUGGUCAUGAUUCAGAGACUCUUGUCUGCGGAAUUCAAGAUGGAUCCUCUGGUUUCGCUAUACUACUUUGCUCCUGUGUGUGCUAUUACGAACGGCAUUCUGGCACUGGUGUUCGAGGCCUCACGCAUGACCUGGGCGGAUUUCGAGCGCGUGGGUGUAUUCAUGCUCCUCCUGAAUGCAGCAGCGGCUUUCCUCCUCAACUUUGCCUCUUUGCUUUUGACCUCCUCUCUCGUCCUUACCCUCAGCGGCGUACUCAAAAACAUCCUGAUCGUCUUUGCAUCGAUGCUCUUCUACCACGAUACCGUGACCAGCAUGCAAUUCAUGGGCUUUGCGGUCGCUCUCGGCGGAUUGGCUUACUAUCAAUUGGGCGGUGCACCUGCCGUCCGCGGAUACUAUGGACAGGCCAUCAACAGGUUCUCAGAAUACAGAAGACCGAGCGAGGCAGACCCUGUUUCGGCGGUUGAAGCGCAGGAAGUCGUUAUGACGACGAGGAGAAAUGAGGAAGAAGUCAAGAGCCCUGGGAUCGUGAACAUCAAGAGUGCUUGA